AUGAUACGAAUGAUAUCGAAUCCACGUCUCUUGUUCUACUCGUGCAUUGCAAAAGGAACAGUGGUUCUCGCCGAGUUCUCUUCCAAAGAGGAGCCAGGGAUCGAAGCUUUAGCCUUGCGAUGCAUCGAAAACGCGCCUCCUCAUCAUUCCAUGGUCUCUCAUACAGUGAGAAAGCGGACUUACGCCUUAGUCAUCGACGGGUUUUUUACGUAUUUCGCGAUUUUAGACGAGGCCGUACCGAAACCGGAGUCUCUCUGGCUCUUUAGUCGACUGAAAUUAGCCGCGGAGGCUCUGCUUUUAGACGGAUCUUGGAUGGAUAACCCGACCAAACACUGUCUCCAGUCAAAGCUCGAUCCGGUUUUCGCUGAGAUCGCUGGUGGUGGUUGUGAUUACAAGGAUUUGGAUUUGGUCGGAGCGAGGGAGGUUGAGAGUUCAUCGAAAGGCUGCAAGCCGCUCCUGGGAAAGCCAAUGAAGGUGCUGAAGAAUAAGAAGAGAUUUCAUCAUACGGAGGUGACGAAUGAGAAGAAGGUGGAUUUGGGUUUGGGAGGAGGCGUGAUUAGCAAAGGGUUGAGAAACGGAUUGAUUCACGAUCAUCAUAGACAAAAGGCGAAGCAGAUGUGGAGGAAACAUGUGUGGGUUGUUCUGAUGUUCGAUGUCUGCAUCUGUGUUGUUCUGUUUGGAAUCUGGCUUUGGGUUUGUCAAGGGUUUCAAUGCAUCCAAGGGUAA